AUGUUUAACAGUGGGUGGAAACGUGCGUUGAACGACAAGACGUUCAGCCAGCUGGACCUCGACCUGUUCACAAACUACAAGUGUGGUACGCUGCUGAAGUAUGUGUUUGGUUUGUGGGGGCUGACGCUGCUGAGAACCGCCUCAAUGGGGUCGGACCUAUAUACCUUUGUGAAGAUGCUGGCAUAUAAGACCAGAGAAAACGAGGUGGUGCCGCUGUAUGUGCCAUUCCACAUCACGAAGUGGAUUUUUGUGGGGUCGGUGAUUGCGUCAUUUCUUCUGGCCGCGGUAAGCUUUGUGAAUGGCAUUCGGAUCUACAGGACGAAUAAUAUCUCGCUGACAUACGUUAAUCACGUGGCACGCACACUCUUCUCCAUUACGCAGUACAGGAUUUUCUGUGUGUACAACAGGGUCACUCCGAAGGGUGCGUUCCAGAAGAUGGCAUUUUUCACAUUUUUUGAGCUGAAUGACUGCAUGACUCUGCUUCUCAUCGAUAGCCCGCGUCAAGUUCUCAAUGGGCUUACGCUGUGGUCUGUCUUACUGACAGUGCAUCAGGAUAAUUUAAUUGAGCUGGAACAGCUCGAUGGUCUUGUGAACCGGCUAAGAACACUCGCAGAGCAUAACCGGCAGGAGGCGCUUAUAUUAAGCUCAAUGUUGGUAUCAUUCACUAUUUGGGUCAUCUUCAUACUAAAGCUCUUAUGUGCACUGCUCCUCUCGCCAUAUAUUUACUACAAAAUAUUUUCCAAAUCGACAAGUGGCCUGAAGCAAUAUGUCUGCAUCACAGUAAGUCGCAGGGUCGAUCAUCUGGUCAAGAAAUACAGGGCCAAACUUGAAAAGAAACGUACGGAGAAAGAACUGCUCAAGGCUUCUUCUACUGACGUUGAGCUAUAUCAGCUCGAUAGUGCGACUCUGGUGCCAUCCAAAAGCAGCAUCCGCUUGCCCCAAAGGGACUUGGAAUCUAACCCGUUCCACGACCCGACAAGCUAUUCCACACCGCUUGACUCCCAACAUGGCAUGGCUUAUAAACAGAACCGCGUAGUCUCUAUUGAGGAUAUCCCGUCUGCUCCGGAGGCCCCAGCGCCGGUUCAUAUGACAUCAGUAAUCGAUAACCAAGGCCAGAUGCUGCAGAGAAGAUUUUACGCGCAUCCUUCCAUGAGUGCCAGCGAUGCAUCUCUCUCUUCUGCUCAUAAUCGUCCAAACGUGCAGAAACAUGAAUUAAGCUCAGCACACCAACCGCUUCGGCCUUCUUUGCUUCAAAGGGAAACUAUGGAUUCCCUGGCCACACAACGUACUAGGCCGCCAAUUGAGCAUAUGACAUCACUAGAAUCCAUGUAUAUGCCUAGGUCUGGGUCGUCCCCCUUCACGGGGCGGAACUUUUCCAAUUCCUCGAGAACGCUACUUGUACAGCCCGUUUCCGCACCUCGCUUUGCCUACCUAGGCUCUUAUCCAUCUGAGCAAUCUGUGAAUACGAUUCCCAGCUACUAUGUUACAGGAAUGGAUAGUAAAAAUGCCAGCACUGGAUCUCUCGUGGAAAAUCCUGCAAUGGCGGCCAGUCAGCGAGAUUCCGGUGAACUAGCAAUACCGAAAAGAAGGAAGUCCCGCGUGAUGCCCUACCCUCACGACGACGGUGAGCACGUAGCCGGCCAUGCUAUAGGACAGCCAAAUAGUCGUGACGAUCAAAGAGGAACUGGCACGCGCUUCCAGCAUAUAACUACUCCUGAUGAACCUUACUUUCAACUUCAGACAGACCAACCACAAUUUGGUUAUCCUCCGCGUGAAGAUAGUAUCCAAAAUUCCCAGUGCAGUCGCACGCAAGACACGCUCCUUCAAGGCACUAGGGAUAAGACACUAUAA